UUUAAUUUUUACUAAACAAAUUAUUUAGUUAAAUUUUUUUAAAGAAGUUUUUAAUAUAUCUAUAUAUAGGAAAAGUAUAUAUAUCUAUGGCUCCGGCAAUAUUGACAACAUUAGCAACGGAGAUAAUAAUUCCGGUAUGUGCGGUUGUGGGUAUUUUAUUUUCGUUGUUACAAUGGGCUUUAGUGUCAAAAGUCAAAGUGACACCAAGUGAGAAUAUUAGUAGAGGCAAAUCAAAUGGUUAUGAGGAUGAAUUGUUGAUUCAAGAAGAUCAAGAAGAUGGUGUUGAUGGUUAUAAUGUUGUUAUUAAAUGUGCUGACAUUCAAAAUGCCAUUUCUGAAGGUGCAACGUCGUUCUUGUACACCGAGUAUCAGUAUGUUGGCGUUUUCAUGGUCGUUUUUGCGAUUUUGAUCUUCGUUUUCUUGGGUUCUGUUGAGGGGUUCAGCACCAAGAGCCAAAAAUGUACCUAUGAUGUUACUAGAAUGUGUAAGCCUGCACUUGCAACUGCUGCCUUUAGUACUAUUGCCUUUGUACUUGGGGCUAUUACGUCCAUUGUUUCGGGUUUCCUUGGUAUGAAAAUAGCUACUUAUGCUAAUGCAAGGACAACGUUAGAAGCUAGAAAAGGUGUCGGUAAAGCAUUUGUUACUGCGUUUAGGUCAGGUGCUGUAAUGGGGUUUCUUCUUGCUGCAAACGGGCUUUUGGUUCUAUACAUUGCGAUUAAUCUUUUCAAGUUGUACUACGGUGAUGACUGGGAAGGACUUUUUGAGGCUAUAACUGGUUAUGGGCUUGGCGGUUCUUCGAUGGCUUUGUUUGGAAGAGUUGGUGGCGGUAUAUAUACGAAGGCUGCUGAUGUUGGUGCUGACCUUGUUGGAAAGGUGGAACGGAACAUUCCAGAAGAUGACCCAAGAAAUCCUGCAGUCAUUGCAGAUAAUGUCGGGGAUAACGUUGGGGACAUUGCUGGGAUGGGAUCAGACCUUUUUGGCUCGUAUGCAGAAUCAUCUUGUGCAGCACUUGUUGUUGCUUCCAUUUCAUCAUUUGGAAUUGAGCAUGAUUUCACUGCAAUGUGCUACCCGUUGCUUGUGAGUUCGGUGGGAAUUCUUGUUUGCUUGAUAACCACCCUAUUUGCAACUGAUUUCUUUGAAAUCAAAGCUGUUGAUGAAAUCCAAAAGGCAUUGAAGAAUCAGCUUAUAAUCUCCACUAUCCUUAUGACUGCUGGUAUUGCUGUUGUUAGCUUCAUUGGGCUUCCGACGUCCUUCACAAUAUAUAAUUUUGGUUCUCAAAAGAUUGUGUACAACUGGCAACUUUUCUUGUGUGUAUGUGUUGGCCUUUGGGCUGGACUUAUCAUCGGUUUCGUGACCGAGUACUACACCAGCAAUGCUUACAGUCCUGUGCAAGAUGUUGCUGAUUCCUGCAGGACUGGAGCUGCAACAAAUGUUAUCUUUGGCCUUGCAUUGGGAUACAAAUCGGUCAUCAUUCCCAUUUUUGCCAUAGCUAUCAGUAUCUUUGUUAGUUUCAGCUUUGCUGCCAUGUAUGGGAUUGCAGUUGCUGCUCUUGGAAUGCUUAGCACCAUUGCAACUGGAUUGGCUAUAGAUGCUUAUGGUCCCAUCAGUGACAAUGCUGGCGGCAUUGCGGAGAUGGCAGGCAUGAGUCACAGAAUCCGUGAGAGGACCGACGCCCUUGAUGCUGCUGGGAACACCACUGCCGCCAUUGGGAAGGGAUUUGCUAUUGGGUCUGCUGCAUUGGUUUCAUUGGCACUAUUUGGUGCUUUUGUCAGUCGGGCAGGAAUCCAAACAGUUGAUGUUUUGACACCGAAGGUCUUCAUAGGUUUGAUUGUCGGCGCCAUGCUUCCAUAUUGGUUUUCAGCCAUGACCAUGAAGAGUGUGGGUAGUGCAGCUUUGAAAAUGGUGGAGGAAGUCCGUAGGCAGUUCAACACCAUCCCAGGCCUCAUGGAGGGUCUUGCGAAACCAGAUUACACAACGUGUGUGAAGAUCUCGACUGAUGCAUCUAUCAAGGAGAUGAUUCCCCCUGGUGCCCUUGUUAUGUUAACUCCUCUAAUUGUUGGGACAUUGUUUGGAGUCGAAACACUUUCAGGUGUCCUUGCUGGUGCCUUAGUCUCUGGAGUCCAGGUUGCGAUAUCUGCCUCGAAUACUGGUGGUGCAUGGGACAAUGCCAAGAAGUAUAUUGAGGCUGGUGCAUCAGAACACGCAAGGACCCUUGGACCAAAAGGAUCUGAACCACACAAGGCUGCUGUGAUCGGUGACACUAUUGGGGACCCACUCAAGGACACCUCAGGUCCAUCACUCAACAUUCUUAUCAAGCUCAUGGCUGUGGAAUCGCUCGUCUUUGCACCUUUCUUUGCUACUCAUGGUGGUCUGCUCUUUAAGCUAUAGGCUGCAGACAUCUAUUUAGCACCUAAUUUGCCCGUAGGUAGUCAUGCCAGUGAUGAUGUUGAAAAAAGUUAGUUUCUUCAGAUAUAGACUCGAGUUCUCUUUCAUUUUCUAGUAGUGGUUUGGUUUAGAUGAAACUUAGGGUGGGAUUCUGCUGGUUGUUUCAUGCAGUAGCGUUCUAUAAGAAAGAAAAGUUUAUCUAUCUUUAGACUAUAUAUAUAAUGCAGAAAUUGGUCCCAAAAAGUUUAUCUAUCUUUAGACUAUAUAUAUAAUGCAGAAAUUGGUCCCAAGUUA